ACAACUUCCCAAAAACGCCAAAUUACCGUGAUGCGGAAAAAAAACCCCCAAUUAUGCAUAACAUGAACACAAACACCAACAUGACGUCAUUAGUCACAUCACGAGCUAGAGAUAUAUUUCUAUGGUCUUCAAGAUCUUAAGAUUCUCCCGGAAGCUAUCGGUUCUGGAGGAUUCUCUUCUGUUUAUGUUGCAUAUUGGAAGAAUACAUCAGUAAAGUAUGCGAUUAAAAAAUUUAAAGAAACUUCUAAGGAAGAAGAAAUCAAUAACGAAAUUAAGAUUAUGAAAAUAGCUUCUCACCAUCCAAAUAUCAUUCGAUUUUAUGGAAUUACAAAAUUGCAAUACGAAAAUAAAUAUUCACUUGUUCUUGAAAGUGCGGAUGAUGGAACACUAAGAGAUUAUUUAAGGAAUGAUGCUAUAACUUUUAAAUGGAAGGAACAAUUAAAAUUUGCCAAGGAGAUUGCAAGUGCGAUUUUAUGGUUACAUGAUGAUAAGGGAAUCGUACACCAGGAUCUUCAUCCCAAUAAUGUCUUAAUUCAUCAAAAUACGAUUAAAUUGGCAGAUUUCGGCCGUUCAUCUCUAAAAGGAACAGAUUGUUAUAAUACUGAAGUAUGGGGUAUAAUGCCUUAUGUGGACCCUAAAGCACUUAAUCGAAACAUUCCAUAUAAGAUCAACGAAAAAUCUGAUAUAUAUAAUUUGGGAUUUUUAUUCUGGGAGUUAACUAGUCGCAAGCCAUCUUUUGAUGGUCUUGAAAAUGAUCAUAUUACAAAUAAAAUACUAAGUGGUAAGAGAGAAGAACCUGUUUUGGACACGAAUGUUAAAUUUAUUGAACUUUAUCAAAAAUGUUGGAAACACGAACCAGAUGAACGACCAAAUAUUUCUCAAGUAAAUUCAGAACUUAAUAGUAUUGAUUCUAAAAACAAUAACGCAUCUAUUGUUCCUUAUGAAAGAGAAGAAAGUAAAAAAACGAAGUUUGUACAUUCCUGUCAAAUUGAUUUAAACAAGAUUUAUCAACAAAAUUAGAUUAUUUUUCUUUGAUAUUUCGUUGUCAUUAUAACAACUCCUCCUGUUCAAAUAGAGUAUUUAUUAUUAUUUUUUUUUUAUCUUGAAAUUUUCACGAACGUUCACAUUUAUUUCUUUUUAGAGUAAAAUAAAAGCUAAAUUUUUAUUGUAUAAUACACU